AAAUGCUGACUGGAACUAAAUUAUUUGUUUCAAAAGUCAGCAAAUAACUUUAAUCGAAUUAAUUCUCAAUACACAGAUCGGUGGUUUUCACGCCAUUGUGUGCUAACCUUAAACCCAGCCAAUCUCUUAUUGGAGAAGUCAUUCACAAAUCCUUCAAUGACGUCAGCGGGGUAUAAAACUGAGCAGGAGGUUGAGCUCAGCCACAAACGAGUCACUGAAUCUCUUGCGCUUGGUCACUCUUUCCAAAGGGAAAAAACUCGAAGAAUUCGCUCUUUUUGCUACUAUGAGGAAAACCUGUGAUUUUUAAAAGGACUACGAGAACAUUUUAGUACGGUUGGCACCAAGUCUCAAACAACUUUUCGCUUGUGAUGCCCGCUGGGAUGUUUAGUAUCGACAGCAUCUUGGCAGGGAGACCCAGCUGCAAGGACUCGGUUCUGCUCCAUCGGAAUGCUCCGGUUGUGUUCUCCAACUUGACGGAAUCCUUGUACACAGCAGCUGGCGAAUUUAAUGGACUGUAUUCACACACAGGACCCCCAGCUCCUAACUUACAAUCGAUAAAUGGAACCAGGAUAGGCUACAACAACUACUACUAUGGACAACUUCAUGUCCAGGGGCCGACUGGGCCAGCUUGCUGCGGCGCAAUACCAACCCUUGGCUCGCAACAGUGCCCGUGUAUUCCCACAGGUUACGAUAGCGCCGGUUCAGUGCUUAUUUCUCCAGUCCCACAUCAGAUGAUGUCGUACAUGAACGUGGGCACCUUGUCCAGAACCGAGCUACAGCUACUCAACCAGUUACACUGUCGGCGCAAGAGAAGACACCGAACCAUAUUCACCGACGAGCAGCUCGAGGCACUGGAGAACCUUUUUCAAGAAACCAAAUACCCUGAUGUUGGCACACGAGAGCAACUGGCACGAAAAGUGCACCUACGUGAAGAGAAAGUAGAGGUUUGGUUCAAAAACAGACGAGCAAAAUGGAGAAGACAGAAAAGGUCUUCAUCAGAGGAAUCAGAAAACUCACAGAAAUGGAACAAAUCCACGAAAACAACCACGGAGAAAAUCGAGGAAGGCAAAAGUGACGUGGAUUCUGACAGCUGAUAAAUAGAAUAUCAAACCGGGAAAUCUUGCACAAAAUACGAUUCGGACUUUAUGUACAUAUUGAAAAGUAGGCUACCAUGUGAGUAGGAGUAAAAUGUGUUGUCAUGCUGUUGCACAGAUGUAUAGUAAAUGUUACCUUUAACAAUGAUAUUGUUAUUUAUAUUAAUUUAAAUUUACACAGACAAAAUAACGUGGAUUGUGGCCAUAUAUAUUGCCUACCUGAUAUACUGAAAUCGUUUUUGAAUUCUUGUCGUAGAUACCAAAAUAAAAUGUUCUUGAAUAGGCUGUAACUGUACUAGCCUACUAUGGCAGGACGAUCAAGUUUGAAAUGGAUUAAAUCAGCGUUUAACCGCCUGAAAACAACAACAACAAAAAAAAAGAACAUAAGCAACUAUUAAAGUAAUAUCUAAAAAAGAAGUUUGACUUUUCUCAUUUAUUUAAAAUGUUGCAAAUAUUCUCAAGCAUUUCAAUUCACCGAGUCCUCUUAGGAUUUGCUGAUUAUCAGCAUUUGUUAAACGAGGGGUUUUCUAAUUUAGAUCUUUAUGCUAUAAUAA